AAAAGAAAAUAAAAUGCACACCAAAGGGUUGUUAAGUAUGAAAUCCUGGUAAACUUCUUGGUUAAUAUUGUAAUGCCCCAGAGUAGAUAUUUACAGUACUGUGGAAAUAAGGAAUAAAUAAAUCGGGCUUUUAAUAGUAAAGAAGACAUUAAAUAAAUAAUUUUAUAUCUGAAUAAUAAAGCUAUUAAAUCUUGAAUUGAAUUGAAGCACAUUUGGGAAGGGUUUGAAGAUGCAACUGGUGUUAAUCAAAUUGCUUUUAAGUUACUGGUGAUCGUACAAUACCGAUAACAUACAAUAAAUCUUUCUAUAGUCACAGUUAUUGCUGAAGUACAAACGACAGGGCUUGUCUCCCUGAAAAUAUCAGGAAAAUGUGAAUUCACUCUGACGGACAAUUUCAAAGCCUUCUCUUGUUAAGGACUGAAACUUUCCGGGUGCGAGUGUUAAAUGUCAUAAAAGGCUUCAGUUUUGUACAGCCAAAGAAAAUUUAAAAACGUAUGAUGUAUGUUGUUUUUUUUCUUAUUGCUUAAAAAUAUUUACAAAGGGAUGUUGUGGUUGCGCAUCUUCUAGUAGGCUUGUUUUUCUCAUAUUGGCGGCUAUCCAGGUAAUUAAAAUGCAGUGGGUCUAGCUUAGAAGUGACUGACUUCCCAUUUCCCUUUUUUCCGCCAGCCUUUUCAAAUAAGUGCAGCUCAGGCAAACCUUGUAUUUUCCGACACUUCAAAAGAUCCCCAACAAGUACGGUAUUGCGGCCUGUUCCCAUGCGGCUCACUGGUGAGAAUCCCUCAUCACCACCGUGCGUUCAAAUGCCAAAAAUGUGAAAUGCAAUCCACUCGCAGGACUACGGAGCAGUUAUUUUAAAACUUCAUGCCCAGUCUCUUCGAAACGAACAUGGGAAGAAGGAAUAACUCUCGUGGAAGAGGAAGCGGGACAAUAAACUAAUGCUUUUUUUCAUGGUGCUUCCCUUUAACCUAAACUAAAGGAACCAUAAUGACUAAAUCUAACAGUGCCUUCCUGUGAAGAUAACCGUGUUCUUUAUUUUUUGAUCGCUAUUUUGUUGUUGCUGCUGCUGCCCGCGUCGUCCUCGAUGUCUCUGCCGGUAGUUCUCCCGGGAUCUUGUUGCCCCGUUGCGGGGGUAUCGUUGGCUUCCCAGCUGGCAGACCCAUCCUUUAGGACUCGACACCGCUGCAUUUCUGGGGUGUCUCGUAUGCCGGGAUCUCAGUCCCGACUGCUCCCCGCUCUCCUCCCCGGCAGACCUCUGCUGUCUCUCGGCUUGCUGCAGCUGGUUCUCGGCUGCUCUAUGGUGGCGCUGUCAUUCGGGGCUCUGUCUCUCAGCAGUUCACCUCCUAUCAGGAAUUCGUGUCCGUUUUGGGCUGGGUCUUCGGUCAUACUUUCAGGAAUAAUUGGGUUAACGACAUGGAGAAGACCAGUGCUGCUUUUGGUGAACCUCUUUGUGCUGCUGUCUGUGGUCUGCGUCCUGCUCAACUUGGCCGGCUUUGUUCUGUGCUGUCAAGGAGCCCAGCUCGUCUCCAGCAUGUCCAGCUGCCAGCUGAGUGAAGUGGGGGAUGUGUGUCAGUGCUGUGCAGACACUCAGAGUGCCAAGUGUCCGGAAGAGAAGCUCUUAAAGCUGUACCCUGGGAAUUCCUGCAGUACCAUGCGCAUGCUGUUGAAGAAAGUUCUGUUUGCCCUCUGUGCUCUGAAUGCACUGACAACAGCUGUAUGCUUAGUGGCCGCAGCCUUAAGAUACCUCCAGAUAUUUGCAGCACGAAGACCCUGCAUACAGGAUGAGCCCCGUCCCACUGUGGAGGAAGGAGAAGAGCCGGCCCGUGUCCCAGACCCCGAUGAGUUUGUUCCUCCAGUUCCUCCCCCUUCCUACUUCUCCACCUUUUACUCCUACACCCCUCGGCUGGCCCGCAGAAUGUUUGGCAACAGCGUGAUUCCUCUGCCUCAUAUCUACGGAGCCAGAAUAAAAGGGGUUGAAGUAUUUUGUCCUCUGGAUCCUCCACCCCCCUAUGAAACUGUGGCAAACCAAUCCGAUAACACAGAGCAGGGUGCUGCAGCUGAAGUCGCAGAACUGACAGGGGGUUUAAUCGAAACAUCAGACACAGAUGGUUGCUGCCAGGCCUCGAAUACUCUCCUAUCACAGCCUAAACCUGGACAGGUCUCAGGAGUGGCAUGUAGAAGAUCUUGCAGACAACUCUUAAGAAGAUCAAAUAGUGACCCAGUGCUGUUGGAUGUGACCACUAAAGAACCUCUCCCCCCCUCUUGUCCUCUGUCCCCGGCAGUGCUGAGCUGUGAGGCCGCCACUCAGACCGAAGCACGUCCAGAGCUGGCGACGGUCACCUUGCGCCGCGGCCGGCGGUACCAGGGGCCGCGGCGGCCCAGGCCCAGCUCCCUGGUCGAUUAUCAGAGCUACAGGGACACCAAGCAGCUGGUGGCCCAGUUCCUGGAGCACUCGCCCUGCAGCAUGACCCCCGAGGUGCAGGAGGUGGUGAACAGCAUCAAGACGGUGUUGAGGUCGGACCAGGAGCACAUGGAGGAGGCGGUGCUGAGCGCCAGCUUCAUUGACCAGGUGAUAACCGGCUCCCAGGCGCGUCGGCCGCAGCCCUCUCCUGAGAGGACUGUGCACACGUUGCCCUCGAGGAAGCGCCCGGGGCUGCUCCACCUGCACAGCUGCGGGGACCUCAGCACCUUCACGGCAGCCGAGCCCCAGCCCGCGGAGCGCAGGAGACCCAGGGCCGCGCAGGAUCGUCCGCGCAGCCUCAUCGGGGUCUUCAGAGAGACGGUGCUUUGAGCCCUCCACAGACAUCCAGCGCACAGGAAACCAACCGUUGUUGGAACGUCACUAAAAGCCAGAUGAAAAAACACCGCUUUCAGCCCUGCUGGCCUCAGUAUAAAGUACAGCAGAGGAGGCCAUCAGGGAGUGUGUGCAGUGUCCUGUGAGGAUUGGCUUGGGCUUUUAUCAGUGGUUUAGUUGUCUCACCUGUGUAAACUACUUUUAAAAACAACAUGAAAACAUGAAAGAAACAUGAACGUUUUAUCAUAAGAAAUUGGCAGAAUUAUGUUAUUAAGGAUAAGGGUUCAUUCAUUUUAUGAAUUUGGAACCUACAAAUGUUUGUCCUUUCUGUAAGCUCUCCUAUUGGGAUUGUCCAGUGCUGGGCUCCUGGCUGACCACAACAACCCCUGCAGCAGCAUGGGAAAGCCAAGGCAGACCACUGUCUCUCACCGAGCUGUUUUGUCACCCACAAGGUCGACGGUGCCUUACAGGAGAGUUAGCAUGGAUCGCCGGAGCAAUGCUCCUCUCUCAGGGCCUGGCUAGUCCCAGUGAACCCUGCUGAGACAAGAAUCCACUGUUCCGCUCCCCCCAACCCCUGUGACAUCUGGCCAAUUACUCACACACAGGUAACGUCUGAACGCCCUGCAAGUGAUUGCUGGGUGUGGAUACACUGUGCUAUCCUCGUCUGUCCAAACAUUUUGUAUCCAGUUACAGACGCUGACUCACCUCUGGAUUAGGUACAGAUCUUCCGAAUCUUAUCCGGCUGAGGAACUCGAUAAAUUAGUGUAAAAUUGACAUGCCAUACACUGAAUGAAAAAAAGCAAAGGUUUAAAAAAUACUGUGUUUUUCCCCAACAGUAUAAGGAAGACGUCUCAGAUGCCGUAGCCAUUACAGUCAAGCGAGCUGGGCCAAGCUUUGAUCUUUUCCUGCCAGUGCCUUUUAAAUAUUCAAAUGUCGAUCCGAUGUACCUGCAUCUCCACACUGUAAAUAGCAUCAGGGCUCAUGUGGUGAGUUUCAGCACUUUUCUUUCAGUAGACUUCUCAAGGGCAUGUGAGCUCCAGGGGCAGGAGACAUCACACAUUUAGUUUCCUGUCCAUGCAUGUUUAAUGCCCCACGAGCAAGCCUGUUUCAAUUCUUACAUUCACUUCGUUAGCAAUUAUAAAUGUCCUCUUAAUGUUGUAUUGUGCCAAAUCUAUAUUUAAUGACAUUAACCAAAACUACAGAAGGGAAUUAAGAUUUGUAUUCUUUUUAAAAAGCAGCUCCCCGUAUAUUCAUAUUAAUAGUAGUUGCUUGCAUUUGUAUAGUGCUUCUUCAUCCCCAAAGGGUAUUCCCAAGCGCUACUGAAACCGGUGCUGUAAAAAUACGUACUUCUUGCUCAGUGGAAUAGUGUUCUGUAUGUGCAUCACAGAUGAGACUCCCAAGUGUGCGUGUGUAGUUUUAUGCAAAGAAAGUUCAACAUCUGUGGUACUUUCAUUAAAGUGCCUUAUAAAUCUUGCAACAAUUAAAAAAAAAAAAAGACUGUGCCAUUCUUUUGGAAUUGGAUGAGUAUUUGUAUAUGACAAAAUGGCUGGUAAAUUUGUCUUGUUUUUCUAAAUGAAUGCACAGAAUCAUUGUUUUCCCCAAAAUAAUUAUAUGUGGCUUUGUUCUGAAAAUAAACACCAAAACUAUAAGAGGAAGUGCAGCUCAUUGUCUGGAUCUGGGCUUUUGCAGGGUUGUGAUUUAUUUUGUGUAUAGUAUUAUACAUGAUAAUUUACAAACUCAAGAGAGUUUUAUAGUUCUGCCUAGCCUGAUUGACAUCACAUGACUGUGGAUCAAAAAUGUCUUAGUUCCAGAACUACACUAUAGUUUCAAUAGUAGAGUAAUUAGCAGUGGGAUAUUCUGUAACUGGCAACAUUAACAUUCAGUGCUUGUUCACACAGUAAAGUGCUGUUUUCCUCAGUGAGUCGGUGGACUAACAAUAACUGCUGCUUAUCUCAAACUCCUGGGCUCUAAGUAGUGGGUGAGUCUUAUUACCUGUUAACAAAUUAUAUGUAAGGGAUUACUUUUUAAUUUGUACUUUAGCUAGUAUGUAACCUUUUAAAAGCAACUUCUCAUACAAAGAAACCUGUAACUGUAUGGAUUACGGUUUUUAAUUUUACAACCACACACACAAACACUGGUUGUAAUGAUGAAGGUUUUACUUAAUCGUUAUCAAAAAACUGCUGCAAAAAUCCUUAAGAGUAAGCUUAGGCUAUGGUAAAAUAGUAGGAGGAGACCGUGACUUUCUAUCAUACACUGGUUCUCUUGUACAGUAUAUAUCUACCUCAAUAUUCUGCAAGAUAUCUGUAAUUAAAUUUCAUUGCUGCAUUUCUGCAUGAACAUGUUGAGUUUCAGUAUCAUCGCAGAAUCGAUGUUCAGUGAGUGUCUUGUUUUAUAGCAAAGAGAAGCAAAAAGGCAGUCCCAUCCUUCUGCGAGUUGUUUAUUGUUGUAAAUAAUGUUACAAACAUUCUUGCUCUGGUAAAGGAAUGUAGCUCAGUAAUUGUAACAUCACAGAAAAGCUAGCAAAUAAAUAAACAUUGCUGUUGCUUUACAGAAAGUGUUUUUAGACGUUGACAAAGUUAAUUACAUUCAGAAGUGCAUUAUUAACACUAGAGUUGCCAAACUGACAGCCAUCACCGUAUUUGUUUUACAAGGGACAACUUUGUUACAUUACAAUACUCUACUUUCCCAAAGCUUUACAGAAUUCCCUAUUGCACCCCCGUUACUGAACAAUGGUAUAACUGUAUAUUCUAGCAUUGCGCUAAAUAUAUACAUUAAUUUCACACAAUCGCCUUCUAU